AUGGUUUUCUCCUAUCCGUCGUCGUCUACUUCCGUGUCUCUGACUGUGAAAGCCGAAUGGUUGGAGCUUCCGUCGGAGUUGACGUCUUCGAUACUGCUCCGGCUUGAUGCCGUAGAAAUACUGUUAAGCGUUCAGCUGCUAAAGACAUUGAAGCUAAACUGUUUAGGUUACGAGCACUCUCCCUCAUUAUGGGAUAGUGAUGCAUUAGUAAUUGCCGAAAGCAUGCCCAAACCACGUCACCUCCAGCUUUUGGGGAACAAACUAACUGAACACGGUUUAAACGCCAUUCUUGACGGUUUUCCUCAUCUCCAACACCUUGAUAUACGCCAAUGUUUCAACGUUAGCCUUGUGGGGAACCUAGAGAAGCGAUGUUUUGAGAGGAUCAAAGUUUUGAGACGUCCCAAUGACUCAACCGAUGAUUACCCAUUUUGA